AUGGCCACGCCGAGCCUGCUCCUCACUUUAUCCGUGUGGCUUCUGGCUGGGAGCCUCAUAGCGGAGGCGACUUACUACCGGCACCACCGCUACGUCCCCCACUUCUACCGCUACCGGGAGCACUCCGCUAACACGGAGAACCUCCUCCCUGAGGUCUCCAACCCGGUGCGUGAAGUCUCGCAGCCCGGCGUGCCGACCUACCCCGAGAUCCCCGAAGUCUUCCACCCGGCGCCCGAAGUCAUCCCCCCCAUUCCAGAGGCUUUCCACCCGGUGCCCGAAGUCGUACAUCCUGCACCUGAGCCUUAUCACCCACCUGAGGUUUACCAGCCAGUCCCUGAAGCCUCCUCCCCCGUCAACAUGAGUCGGGUUUUCCAUGGGAUCAUGUUUGACGCUGGGAGCACAGGCACCAGGAUCCACAUCUAUAAGUUCAUCCAGAAAGACCCUGUUGAGCUGCCAGUUCUGGACAAUGAAAUGUACCAUGCAGUGAAGCCUGGACUGUCUGCUUACAAAGACAACCCUGAAGAGGGUGGCAACACCAUCCGACAGUUGCUGAAGAUUGCCAAGAAGACAGUCCCAGAGGAGGAGUGGAGGAGGACCCCGGUGGUCCUGAAGGCCACGGCGGGUCUGCGUCUGCUGCCUGAAGACAAGGCCAACACUCUUCUGAAGGAGGUACGAGAGGUAUUUGAUGAGUCCCCGUUCUUUGUGCCAAACAACAGUGUUUCCCUCAUGAACGGAACAAAUGAAGGAAUCCUCGCCUGGGUCACAGUGAACUUCCUUACAGGUCACUUGUACUCCAACACAAGGAGGACGGUGGGGAUCCUGGAUUUGGGUGGAGGAUCUACACAAAUUACAUUCCUUCCUAAGUCAAAGAAAACGGUUCAGUCUGCUCCUUCCAGUUACAUUGCAAGAUUCAACCUGUUUAACCAUACAUACCAACUCUACACACACAGUUACCUUGGAAAUGGACUGUACGCGGCUCGACUGGCAACUCUCGGAGCACUAGGAGCUGAUGGUCUUGAUUGGAAAGUCUUCACAAGUUCCUGCCUCCCAAAAAAGUUCAGAGAGGAUGUGACUUUUGGAGGAACCAGCUACAAAGUUAGCGGUAUUCCAGACGGCUAUGCAGGCUAUAAGCUGUGCUACUAUGAGGUGAUGAAGGUAAUCAAGGGAAUAGUGCACCAGCCUUACGAGGUGAAGGGCAGCAGUGUGUUCUACGCUUUCUCCUACUACUUCGACAGAGCUGUGGAGUCUGGCCUCAUCGAUGGCAGUCGAGGAGGUUCGCUUGAAGUUAGGGAUUUUAAGAAGAGAGCCAAGGAAGUGUGCAACAAAAUGACCAAAUACCGUGCUAUCAGCCCCUUCCUCUGCAUGGAUAUGACAUAUAUCACUUGUCUGCUAAAGGAGGGCUUUGGCUUCAAGGACAACACUGUGCUGCAGCUCGCCAAGAAGGUGAACAACGUGGAGACAAGCUGGGCCCUGGGGGCAACCUUUGACUACUUCAGAAACCUCAACAUCCACUAAGGACAGCUUGCUGUCGCAGC